CUCCUUCGAUUUCAAGUCCUCGUCCCCGAGCCCGUAGCGAACGUAAUCUCAUUCUACUAAUCAAACUCCCCCCCCCCCGCGGGUAUCCGCAAGGUAAAGUUAAUAUGCCAUCCUCCGAUGUUUUUCGCGAGCACGGGAGGUGUUUGUGCAAAUGCCUCAACCAAACUUGCUGUCUUCUACCAGGGAAUUCCACCGACGAAACGCCCGGAUCCAGCACCACUCAGUUCUCGCCUACCUUAAAUCUCAGUCACGAGUACACACUUGCUUUGCAGAGAACUUCUUACAAUGAGAUACGCUCCAUUAUUGAAGCUCAAAUGCAAGCUGAUAAUGUGAUUGAAAUCGAGGGUACAGAUACCCAUAAAUUGCGUUUUUCGCCUGUUUUGCGUCCCAGCAGAGAUUCCGUCAACCAAGCUCUUCGCCACAUCAAUCCCGAUUCUACACUGACUCGCUUGGUUUCUACAUACUUUGAGCACGGCGAAAGUAUUACCACUCUUUGCCUCAUGCUCCUCCAAUGCGUGUCUCGUGCUCGUGCCCUGUAUGCUCCCGUUUCUGACCUUCUUCACGAGUUCCCUUCUGACCUAAGCUCUAUCCGUCUCUCGCACUGUAACUCUGCCCUGGGUGUUUUUGUCCGAUUCGAUAGCCUCGACAACCCUUUUCCAUCUCCUGAUUCCCAUAACUUCAACGAAAUACACCGCGGUUUCUGCCAGCUCAAUGAGCAGCUUGAUCACCACCGCAACAAAUAUCUUUCUAGACUCCGCUUAUUGAACAGUGCAACUACUGGCUCUGCAAUUUGCCUAAUUGGCAGUGUUAUUGGAGUUGUCAUUUCAGCUGUUGUUAUCUCCACUCAUGCCCUUGCUGCCAUUGUAGGCCUUGUCGCUACUCCUUUUUGUCCCUGUGGUGUUCCAAGUUCUCUCAAGAAGAAACAGCUUGCUCAUAUGGCUCAACUGUAUGGUGCUACCGGAAGUGGAACCUUUUUCCAUAUCAAUUAUCUUGAGUCUAUUGUCUGCCUGGUUGAUUUGUUGCAUUCUGCAGUUAAGGACGACAGGAACCUUAUACGUAUUGCGUUGAAAAGCGGUGCGGACAUAUACCCCGUCUAUGAAGUCGUGAAAUAUCUCCGCAAUAACCACAACAAGUUCUUUGGCAAGCUCAAAGAACUCGAGGAUCAUAUAUACUUUUGCCUUGAUGCUGUCAAUAAAUCCAGAGCUAAUCUCCUUGACCAGAUCCAACUUCAUCAAUCUUCUAAUUCAUGAUCGAUCAAUAGCUUUCUCUUUUCUUCCUAUUCACAUUUUACGUCAGUGUGGAUAGCCGAACACUCCUUUGACUAUUGUCAGUAGCCCUUCAUUUUAGCUUUGGGCUGUUAGGAUCGCAUAUGCACCUAUCAAAUAGUUAAGUAUCUAAUCCUUAUGCCUUUAAGAGCUAUGGAUUGUUAGAAGGUAUACUUGGUACUUCAACCUUGUUUUCUUACCCUUAUUUGGCUUCAGUGCAAACCAGAUCAGAUGUGGGUUGCAGGAGGCAUUUUACUCUUGAUUGUCUGCAGUUGAUAGAGUUUGAAGCAUCGGUGGCUUUGCUUGGUAUGAAAGAUGGAACGAAGUGAGGAUGGGUAGUUUGCUACACAAAUGAUUGAAGAUUCACCACCACAUUUCUAUUUUGUACCUAAUAACAUCAUCAGAAUAGCUGCAACGAAUAGAGUAAAAUGGCUGCAUAUACUCGUAAUGAGCUGAGACGUGGUAAGUUUUAG